CCGCGGGGGUGGAGGGCUUGCUGGCCCCGGCGCCCUUCCUUCGCUGCUCGGCUGCUGCGUGCUCCGGACAUGGUGGCCCCCGGCCCGGUGAGCAGCCGGCUGGGCGCGGUGUUCCCCUUGCUGCUGGUCCUGGUGGAUCUGCAGUACGAAGGCGCUGAAUGUGGAGUAAAUGCAGAUGUUGAGAAACAUCUUGAAUUGGGCAAGAAAUUACUAGCAGCUGGACAGCUAGCAGAUGCAUUGUCUCAGUUCCAUGCUGCAAUAGAUGGUGACCCUGAUAAUUACAUUGCAUACUAUCGGAGAGCUACUGUUUUUCUAGCUAUGGGAAAAUCAAAAGCAGCACUACCUGAUUUAACUAGAGUGAUUGAAUUGAAGAUGGACUUCACUGCUGCGAGAUUACAGAGAGGACACUUACUGCUCAAGCAAGGGAAACUUGAUGAAGCAGAGGACGACUUUAAAAAAGUGCUGAAAUCUAAUCCAAGUGACAGCGAAGAAAAGGAGGCCCAGUCUCAGCUCACAAGAGCUGAUGAAAUGCAGCGCCUGCGCUCACAAGCACUUGGUGCUUUUGAAAGUUCAGACUAUACUGCUGCUAUAGCCUUCCUUGAUAAGAUUUUAGAGGUUUGUGUUUGGGAUGCAGACUUGCGUGAACUUCGAGCUGAGUGCUUUAUAAAAGAAGGAGAGACUAGGAAAGCUAUCAGUGACUUAAAAGCUGCGUCGAAGUUGAAGAAUGACAACACUGAGGCUUUCUAUAAAAUUAGCACCCUGUAUUACCAGCUAGGAGACCAUGAGCUAUCCCUCAGUGAAGUUCGUGAAUGUCUUAAACUUGAUCAGGAUCAUAAAAGGUGUUUUGCACACUAUAAACAGGUGAAGAAACUGAAUAAGCUGAUCGAGUCAGCUGAAGAGCUCAUCAGAGAUGGCAGAUACACAGAUGCAAUUAGCAAGUAUGAAUCUGUCAUGAAAACAGAGCCUGGUGUUGCUGAAUAUACAGUUCGUUCAAAAGAAAGGAUUUGUCACUGCUUUUCUAAGGAUGAGAAGCCUGUUGAAGCUAUCAGGAUAUGUUCUGAAGUUUUACAGAUGGAGCCUGACAAUGUGAAUGCACUCAAGGAUCGAGCUGAGGCCUAUUUGAUAGAAGAAAUGUAUGAUGAAGCCAUUCAGGACUAUGAAGCUGCCCAGGAACACAAUGAAAAUGACCAGCAGAUCCGGGAAGGUCUGGAGAAGGCACAGAGAUUACUGAAACAGUCACAGAAACGGGAUUAUUAUAAAAUUUUGGGAGUAAAAAGAAAUGCCAAAAAGCAAGAAAUCAUUAAAGCAUACCGAAAAUUAGCACUUCAGUGGCACCCAGAUAACUUCCAGAAUGAAGAAGAAAAGAAAAAAGCUGAGAAAAAGUUCAUUGACAUAGCAGCUGCUAAAGAAGUUCUCUCUGACCCAGAGAUGAGGAAGAAGUUUGAUGAUGGAGAAGACCCCUUGGAUGCCGAGAGCCAACAAGGAGGUGGUGGUAACCCUUUUCACAGAAGUUGGAACUCAUGGCAAGGGUUCAAUCCCUUCAGCUCAGGCGGACCGUUUAGAUUUAAAUUCCACUUUAAUUAAACCAACUGUUUUACUGCCCCUCUUCUUAAGUUUUUUAAACAUUAAAAAAAAGAAACCUUGUUCUGGGAUCCUAAUGAAAAAAAACAAUCAAAUCUCUCAGUUUGUUCCUGACCAAAGAGUUGUCUUAAUAAGAAACCAUGCUAUUCUUACUAGUGCACACACAAGCGUAGCACGACGGCAGGCAGGGAGGCGAAGCGCCACUGCUCGUGGUAAGGCAGCGUGCACCUGGUACCUGCCAUGUCUGGAGCAGUGUUCUGCGGCUCUGACCCACGAAAGUGCUCACGUAGCUUGUGUCUGACCCCGGAGCAGGUAGGUUCUCUCUGCAGACUGGCUAGGAACCUUGAAGGAGGAGCUGCCAUCUUCCUGAGCAAGGAUUGUCUCAGUAUUGCUAAAGAGCCUGUGGACGGCUGAUGUGGGUGCUCUGAGGGGCAGGCCAGUCACUCGCAGAUGUCUCCUCCUGCACCACUGCCAGCAUCGCUGCCACUGAAGAAGGAACAGCGUCCAUCUUUAAGGAAGCUGGCCAUCACAUGGUAGUUGGUCUUUCCAGUGCAGACUGGGUGGAUAUGCAACAUGUAUUUUUUAUUGUUCAAAACCUACAGGAGAAUCCGUACUUGACCUGAAUAUGGCCCUGCCCCUUUUAACAUUUACCCUGAACAAGUUAAAACAAAGAUGUCACAGCAGUUACAGGUAGCAUUGCUGAAGGUCAGUUUGCAGUACGGAGAGGCAGCCCCUUCCCCGUCUCUUCCAUCCAGUCCGGCGUGCUUGGCUGUGGCAUGGAGGGUGGCAGAUGUGUCUCACUACAGUGCCUGGAUUCCAGCAGGUCCUCAGCCACGUCCAAAGGACAGGUUUGCAAGUCUACUCAGCUCUUGCUGUUUACCUACUAAUGUUUCAUGUGAUAAGGUGGCAUUUCCUCCUGAUGCUUGUUCCUCUUGCUUGUUGAGAAAAUGACUAAGAAAUGUACUGUUCAGACUUUGUAUAGAGGAUAAUUUUUGUCCUAAAUAAUAGGUGUUACUAAAUCAACAACAUUGACUAUUUAUGGAACUCCUGAUGCUGCAUUUAAAAUCUAAAAGAAUUACUUUCAGUAAUGAUUGUAACCUUUAUUCUAGAAAGGUUUUUGGUUUAGUCUUGAACCAUUUUAAGUACUUAAGGGUCUAAUACAUUGCUCUGACGGAAUUGGGCCUGUUCUGUAGUUGUGGGAGGCAUCUUGACAGAACGUCUAUAGCAGCAAGCACAGUUUUCUUCAACAGUCAUACCCUUGAACUAGUUUGUGGGAAAAGUGUUUAACUGAAGGACAUAAAUGACAUAGUUGAGCAAAACACUUGAUUGCUUUUUUUCUCCUUUUUUUUUUUGAAACAAGCCCAAUAGCCUGGCCUUUAUUUUUUUUUUUUAUGCAAGAGAGAGAUUGGGGACGGGGGAUUGAAUUGGUGCACCAGGGCCUCCAGGCACUGUACUUGAACUCCAGAUGUGUGCGCUACCUAUAGUGUGCAUUUGCGACUUUGUGCGCUUGCAUCACUGUGUGUCUGGCUUAUGUUGGACCUGGAGAGUUGAACAGGAGUCCUUAGGCUUCACAGGCAAGUGCCUUAACCGCUAAGCCGUCUCUCCAGUCCUUGAUUGCAUUUUGCAUCUACUCCAGGAGCCCAUUCUUACCAAUAAAUUUAACGUUGCAUUUUGAAUAACUUGCAGCUUUAAUUUUGUUUUAAUAUUUCAAAAUUAAAAGUCAGCCUGAAAAUAAUUUGCAAGAUAAUCCCAUUUUGCUUAUUUUUAUUUUAGUAAUCUUAUUACUUCAGUACUUAUGUAGUAGUUGUUUACCAGUUUUGCUCCUUCUGUAGCUGUCAGUGACAUUUUCAAAGUGCAGUGAUAGCCUCUGUGGACUUAGAAAAGCCAAGAGUCUUCACAUCCAGCGUCAAGGAAACAUAAGGCCAUUUAUCCUUCCAUUUAAGGAGGGUGAAAGGUUACCUUUGACGGAGCCAGGUGGAGUUUGGGCUGCAUUGGAAAUAUGUCUCAGAUCUGUGCAGCUACAGGUUCCUUCCCAGAGGGCUUCUUGCAUUUUGUUUUUCCUCUACUUCUAACUACCAGAAAGACCAAGGAUUUAAUUGUAACUGAAAUGUGCUCACUUGAAAGAAAGGAGCAGCUUUGGUACCAUGAGCCAAUGCCAUGGAGAGAAACAUUGUCUGUGGAAUUUGUUGUUUUGCUGUUUAGUGCAGGAAGGAAACUUUCAUCCUGGAUGGCCAUUAAUAGUCCUCCAGUGUCUAUCUAAAGGAGUGCUGUCUUUAUACUGGGACUGUAGAAGAGUUGUUUCUCCCAUUGGGCUGACAGAGGACACCAUACAAUGUAAAAACACAUUACUGAAAAAGAAUUUACCCCUUUUUUUGCAGGGCCACUUCCACAUUCCAGUUUCAGUUUUAGGGACUACAGAUUGCAAGUAGCCUUUGUGGCAGUUCUGGGAACAAUAUGACCCAAGCUCACUGUAGUUGAACUUUCUUCUGGUCUUAACCCUCCUUUCUUUUUUUGGAAAGCUUGUAUGCAUAGGUGCUUUCCAUAGCAGGAAGACUUAAAACACACUAGCCUGUCAGUGUUAUGGAAAAGGCUCCAAAAGGGACACUUGAUUUAACUCAUUCCUUGGUUCUGUCUGCCUCUCCUUGUUUCCAAGGCAGGGUGUCACUAGCCCAGGCUGACCUGGAACUUACUCUUUAGUCUCAUGCUGGUCUUGAACUCACAGGGAUCCUCCUGCUUCUGGGUGCUGGGAUUAAAGGUGGGUGCUGUAACGCCCAGCAGUUUGUUCUUUCUUAACGCGAGUGGAUGAAAACCUAAAAAUAAUUUCAAUACCUUAGUAAUGUGAGUUGGAUAGAACAUUUUAAUUUUUAAAAAUCUUUCUUUUUAGUCAGUGUUAAAAGUUAACUUAAAAAUAUCAGUAUGGAAAACAAGCUGGAGUUCUGAUAAUGGAAUAUAAAAUUAUUUGUGAUAUGUUUUUAACAAGAAAAACAUUACUGAUAACUAAGAACAAAAGGCCAGUAGAUUGGUACCAUUUUUCUUUCCUGGUGGAUAAUGAAAAAAAAAAAUCACUUGUAAAGACAGUUAAUUGUACAGAAAUUGUAUUUUGUGUUUACCAUGAAGAAAGUAGGAAAGAUGUUUAAGUUAGAUUUGGCUCCUCAGGUUCUGUGUGGGAGCCAACUUGCCUUACAGACACAGGGCAUGGUGAUGGGAUUGUAAAAUGUUCUCAGUGGGUUUAUCAGUGGGAUAACGUAGGCAACUUUGUUGAAUGUAUUUGACUUUCCCAUAGUUGUAUGCAGGCAAAUAUUAAUUUCCCAGCUACUAAUACUUUACUUUAGACCAGAUCAUUCCUUUCUGUUAUUGGUAGGAUUUAUUCUGUAAUUUCAGAUGCUAAGAGGGGUAGAUACCUUUUUUGUCUUUCACAGAUGAUCUCAUUUGCUGAAUGAUUAACCAGUAAAAUUAGCCACUGCGUGGCUGUGUGUACAGUAACAGCAGGUCUUGUUGCACGCGUGUGUGGAUGAAGCACCUGCAGAGGAAAGCAGGAGCAGGGGAGGUUAAAAAUCGGACAUGUUUGAGAGUUAAAUUAUUACUCUUACCUUAAAGGUUAUAGUUUGUUUUGAAUGAGACAAAACUAACUUAAUCUAUUUCACUUUAGUGUUUUAAUAAAACAGGAAUCUAAAAUUACUUCAGAUGGGGCUUACACAUGUCUACAAAUAUGGGCACUAUUUUUAUGCCCGUGUAUUUUCACAUUUAAUAAAAAUAUUUAUGGUCAUAUCA